ACUGGCUCCGCCUACUCGAUUUUAGUCACAUGACUGGUCACAUGGUCAUGACAUCAUCAGAGGUCCUUUAGCUGGCUAGGAAAUAGUAUCUACCAAAAGUUGACAGAAUGCGCGUGCGGUCACAUGACUCCGAAGCUGAAGAUGGCUGCUGUACAGUGGCAUUCCCGAGAAAGAAAUUAUUUAGAUGAGCUGGAGUCAUGUAGGCUGGAGAAGAUACCUGUGGAAUAUGGAGAUUACCAUCCCUUAAAGAGCAUCACUGUUACAGAAUCUAAAUCUAAGAAACUUGGAAGAAAAGAAAGUACAUCCUCCAGCUCUUCUUCAUGCUCCUCUAAUUCAGUUGCAGACCCGCUGAGCAGUGUCCUGGAUGGAACAGAUCCCUUGUCUAUGUUUGCAGCUACAGUUGAAUCUGUUGCAGCUACCACGGAUAUCAAUAGGAAAAAGCGCGACAAGGAGGAGUAUAUUGGAAGCGAUUUUGAACCAUGGUCAAGUAAACGUGGUGAGAUCCUGGCCAGAUACACGACCACUGAAAAGCUUUCUAUUAAUCUAUUCAUGGGCUCAGAUAGAGGCAAAACUGCAACCCCAGGUUCAGCAGUGUCGGAGAAAGUGAGAACACGUCUUGAGGAACUUGAUGAUCUGGAGGAAGGAUCACAGAAAGAACUCUUGAAUCUGACUCAACAGGAUUACAUCAGCCGGAUUGAGGAGCUCAACCAGUCCCUAAAGGAUGCCUGGGCCUCUGAUCAGAAAGUCAAAGCUCUGAAAAUAGUCAUACAGUGUUCUAAGCUCCUGUCUGACACCACAGUCAUCAAGUUUUACCCGAGCAAGUUUGUGUUGAUAACUGAUAUCCUGGACACUUUUGGAAAACUGGUCUAUGAGCGUAUACUGUCUAUGUGUAUGGAUAAUAGAACCACUUGGCCUGCUAAUUUUACCCCAGAUAAUGUAAAUGAUACAGCCAAGGAGACUUGUUUGAAUUGGUUUUUCAAGAUUGCGUCCAUCCGGGAACUUGUUCCAAGAUUUUACGUAGAGGCGGCCAUUCUAAAAUGUAACAAAUUUCUCUCUAAAAUUGGGAUAUCUGAGUCUCUUCCCCGGCUGACAUCCAUGAUCAAAGGCAUUGGAGAUCCCCUGGUGUCUGUAUAUGCUCGAGCUUACCUGUGCAGGGUUGGUAUGGAAGUGGCUCCUCACAUCAAGGAGAAUCUCAACCAGAACUUUUUUGAUUUCCUGCUCACCUUUAAACAAAUUCACAGUGACACAGUACAGAACCAGCUGGCGGUACAAGCUGUGGAGAUUCCCAUUUACCUCACCCUGUAUUCUCCUGCCAUAGACUGGAUGUUGCGUUGCAUUGCUUAUCGUGCUCCAGAUUCUCUACUGACUGAAAUGAUGGAGCGGUGCAAGAAACUAGGAAACAACGCUCUUCUACUGAAUUCAGUGAUGUCGGCUUUCAAAACAGAGUUUAUUGCUGCCAGAUCAAUGGACUUCAUUGGAAUGAUUAAGGAAUGUGAUGAAGCCAGCUUCCCCAAGCAUCUACUUUUCCGCUCCUUGGGAAUGAACUUGGCUUUAGCUGACCCUCCCGAGAAUGACAGACUCCAGAUUCUAAAUGAAGCAUGGAAAGUGAUCACUAAGUUGAAGGUCCCUCAGGAUUACAUUAACUGUGCAGAAGUGUGGGUUGAAUAUACUUGUAGACAUUUCACGAAGAGGGAGGUGAACACCAUUCUGGCUGAUGUUAUCAAACAUAUGACUCCGGAUCGGGCAUUUGAAGAAGCCUAUCCACAGCUUCAGUCUAUAAUUACCAAAGUCAUUGCACAUUUCCAUGACUUCUCCAUCCUCUUUUCUGUGGAGAAAUUCCUGCCAUUUAUGGACAUGUUCCAGAAAGAAAGUGUUAGAGUCGAGGUUUGCAAAUGCAUCAUGGAGGCGUUUAUCAAAAACCAGCAGGAGGUGACUAAGGAUCCAGUUAUUCUGAAUGCUCUCCUCCAUGUCUGUAAGACCAUGCACGACUCUGUAAAUGCCCUGACCCUGGAUGAUGAGAAGAGGAUGCUGGCUCACCUCAUUAAUGGAUUCAUAAGGAUGGUCUCCUUUGGGCGUGACUUUGAACAACAGCUCAGUUUUUAUGUGGAGGCCAGAGCGCUGUUCUGCAAUUUGGAGCCGGUUCUUGUCCAGUUAAUUCAUAGUGUUAACCACUUGGCCAUGGAAACCAAGAAAGUGAUGAAAGGAAAUCAUUCAAGAAAGACUGCUUCAUUUGUCCGGGCUUGUGUUGCCUUCUGUUUUAUCACCAUUCCUUCUCUGACCAGCAUCUUCACCCGACUCAACCUUUACCUGCAUUCUGGCCAAGUGGCUCUUGCAAACCAGUGCCUUUCCCAAGCUGAUGCCUUCUUCAAAGCUGCGGUCAGCCUGGUUCCAGAGGUGCCAAAGACUAUUAAUAUAGAUGGAAAGAUGCGCUCCUCCGAGACCUUUCUCCUGGAAUUCCUCAGCAACUUCUUCUCCACAUUGCUGGUUGUUCCCGACCACCCAGAACAAGGUGUCCUCUUCCUGGUACGAGGCCUUUUAAACGUAAUUGAAGAUUACACUUGGGAAGAUAACAGUGACGACAAAGUCCGGAUCUACACCAGUGUCCUGCACUUACUGGCAGCCUUAAGCCAAGAGAGCUAUCUUUAUCAUAUAGACAAAGUUGAUUCCAAUGAUAAUCUCUAUGGUGGAGAUACAAAAUUCUUGGCGGAAAUCAACAAAUUGUGUGACACCCUGAUUGGGCAGAUAUUGGAGCACCUGAAAGCUCUAGGGAAAGAAAAGACCCUGAAGCGGCAGAGCUCCCUUGCGUUGCUAUUUUUUAACAGUAUUCUUGCUCAUGGAGACCUGAGAAACAAUAAGUUGAACCAGCUCGCUGUCAAUCUAUGGAACCUGGCUCAGAAGCAUGGCUUUGCUGAUACAAAAACCAUGGUGAAAACUCUGGAAUACAUCAAGAAGAGAAGCAAACAACCGGACUGUAGUCACCUGAAUGACCUGGCCAACAGACUUCCCCUGCAGUCUAGAACCUAAUGAAUGAUGUUCCCAUACUUCACAUUUCUAGAUCCGAGAUAAUAAAGCUGUGCCUGAUCUGCUAGACAAUUCAAUCACGCAGUAUUAAUGCCGUCCAGUUACGGAUCAGAAUGUCAUUCCAAAGCUGAAAUCUGUUGUGUGACCUUACAUUUUCUACAAUAUGCAGUCACACCGCACAUCUAUGUAGUUGCCACCUUUCUUUUGUAAUCUAACAAUUUGCAUAAUAUAAAGAUAUCAUUCCAUAUUUAUUUUACGUCCUGGCUCGUGUAUUAUUAAUAGGAAACCAGUCUAGUUCCAUUAGGCCACAUGAAUAGGAAUUUUUAGAGGAUUUUUUUUCUUCAAAUCUGUGGCCUCCGGGGCUGACAGCAAAAUUGAAAUCUUCAACAAAAUGUGAAUUUUUCUUUCUUUCUUCCUUUCAUGCAUGAUUGGGUUUCUGCAGUAGUGCUGGGUGGUAUACCAGUUCAUACUGAAUACCGGUGUUUGUUUUUAUUUUUUAUAUGAAUUUUUCAUAUACCGCAAUACCGGUGAGUGUAUACCCUGUUGGGGACUGAGGGCGUACCUGUACACCCUCCGUCCGCUCCCUUCCUAUAAUGCGGAGCCACGCGUCAUAGCGGGUCGGCCCCGCACCUAGCAAUGGCCGGUACCCGUGGCUAAUAGCACGCAGCACCAAUUACGGUGCCGCAUGCUAUUAACCCUUUGGAGGCAGCAUUCAAAGUUGAUUGCCGCGUCUAAAGUGAAAGCUAAUCAGUGCCGGCUAGCUCAGUGGGCUGUUUGGGAUGCCGCAAUUUCACCGUGGCGGUCCCAAUCAGCUGGAGGACACAAGGAGGGUCCCCUACCUUCCUCCUGCGUGUUCUAUCGCCGCAUGACUGAGAUCUAGACAGGAACAGUCAAGCAGCAGAAUCAUUGAUCAAUGUUAUUCUAUGGGAUAACAAUGAUCAAUGUAAAGGAUCAGUGUAUGCAAUGUUAUAGCCCCCUAUGGUGGCUAUAACAUUGCAAAAAAAAAGUUAAGCAUAAUUUAACCCCUUCCCUACUAAGUCAGAAUAACCCCCCUUUUCCCAUUUUUAAAAUGAAAAAUUUAAAAUUCCCAUUGAAAAAAAAAUUAACCGUUAAAUACCGUAAACCGCCAUAAUUUAGAAAAAUACUGUGAUAUAAAUUUUUUGAUCAUACAUCCCAGCACUACUCUGCAGUAAAUCUACAACAUCUGAACACAGCCUUAAGCGAUAAACAUGCAAGUGGUAUGGAGACGAAGAACUUGAAAAUUUCUCUGCAAAGAAAUUAUUUGUACUGUAUAUAAUAAAAUUAUUUGUGCUCAAUGUUUAUCC